CUCCUGAACUGUUUCCUGCUGCGUCCUCACACGUUCACACACUCCUGCACACACACACACCUGCACACACACACACACACACACACACACACACACUGCUUCACAGGCAUCAUGGGGAACUUUGUUGCCAACGAGGGACUCUCCAUCUUCGUUAUUCUGGUUUGGCUCGGGAUCAACGCCUUCCUGUUCGUGCACUUCUACAUGGCGUUCCUGACCGAUAAAUGGUUUUACACCAGGGUUCUGCUCGGGCAAGCCCUGUCCUGGGCCAGAGCUCCUGCCGCCUGCCUCAACUUCAACUGCAUGCUCAUCCUGCUGCCGGUCUGCAGAAACCUGCUCUCCCUCCUCCGCGGCACCAUCCAGUGCUGCAGCCGCACGGCCGCUCGACAGCUGGACCGAAACAUCACCUUCCACAAACUGGUGGCGUACAUGAUCGCCUUCCACACCGCCGUGCACAUCAUCGCACACUUGUUUAACUUCGAGUAUUUCAUGGACGCCCAGCUGAAUCGAAACAGCAGCCUCCUGCCCUUCGUCCUCUCUGAAAUCGGCACCGGGGACAACGCGUCUUUCCUGAACCCCAUCAGGUCCAAUGAGACGAACCCGACCAUCGUCAUGUUCACCACCAUCGCCGGGCUGACGGGCGUGGUCAUCACGCUCGCCCUCAUCCUCAUCAUCACUUCGUCCAUGGAGGUGAUCCGGAGGUCGUACUUCGAGGUGUUCUGGUACACCCACCACCUCUUCGUCAUCUUCUUCAUCGGCCUGGUGUUCCACGGCUUUGGGCGGAUUGUGCGAGGACAGACGACUGAGAGCCAGAAGACAAACAUCCCGGAGACUUGCGCUGACCAGUUUGAGGACUGGGGAAGAAAUGCGUCGGGCUGUGCUGUACCAGAGUUUGCCGGAAACCCACCGAUGACGUGGAAGUGGGUGGUGGGCCCCAUGAUCCUCUACGUGUGUGAGAGGCUCGUUCGCCUCAUUCGAUCCCAACAGAAAACCGUCAUCACCAAGGUGGUGAUGCACCCCUCCAACACCCUGGAGCUGCAGAUGAAGAAGAAGGGCUUCAGCAUGGAGGUGGGUCAGUACGUCUUCAUCCAGUGUCCGUCCAUCUCCCUGCUGGAGUGGCACCCCUUCACCCUGACCUCCGCCCCCGAGGAGGACUACUUCAGCGCCCACAUCCGCAUCGUGGGGGACUGGACCCAGGCGCUGUACGAGGCCUGCGGAGGAGACAAAAACGAGACCCAGGAGGCCUGGAAACUGCCCAAGAUUGCCAUCGACGGGCCUUUUGGGACGGCCAGCGAAGACGUGUUCCGUUACGAGGUGGUCAUGCUGGUGGGCGCAGGGAUUGGCGUGACUCCGUUCGCCUCCAUCCUCAAGUCUGUGUGGUACAAACGCAUCCAGAACAACCAGGACGUCUUCACCAAGAAGAUCUACUUCUACUGGCUGUGUCCGGAGACGCAGGCCUUCGAGUGGUUCGCAGACCUGCUGCAGUCCCUGGAGGGUCAGAUGACGGAGAAGGGCAUGACCGACUUCCUGAGCAACCACAUCUACCUCACCCGCUGGAAGGAGACCGAGGCGGCUAAUUUCCGUGUUCACCACGAGGCGGAGAACGACCCAAUCACAGGCCUCAAACAGAAGACUCUGUACGGGAAACCCAACUGGGACAAUGAGUUCACCAAUAUUGCAUCAAAACACCCGGGAACUCAAGUAGGAGUCUUCCUGUGUGGUCCGCCUCAGCUCGGGAAAUCUCUGGAGAAACAGUGUCUGUCGCACUCGGCGGACGACGUCAAGUUCAUCUUCAACAAAGAAAACUUCUAGAAAAGAAAACUGGAGAGUGGAAACGUCCCAAGUCGCAGCUGAGCUCAAAGAUGCUGAAAUAACUCUGCUGCAUUUCUUUCUUCUCCUUUUAAGGUUUCAACAAUAAGUGACAUUUCAAAACGUUCCUCGCUUUGAGCUGAACGUGGUCACGAUUUGUGUUUUCAGAUCACGAACAGAUGGAACCAGUCGUUUGUGUUUUAAAGUGACGAACCAGCAGCUCUUUGGUUUUGUUGUUUGCUCAUGAAAUGUAUUCAGAAUAUUUAUGAAGCACAGAAGUUGUUCUCCCUGUCUAGAUAAAUAAUCU